AUGAGAGAUGAAUAUGGGGUAGGUGUAACAUACAAUAAAGCAUGGAGAGCAAAAGAACUUGCAGUUGAUGAUGUUAAAGGGUCAAAUGAGGAAAGUUAUGCAUUGUUACCUUCAUACUUGCAUAUGCUAAAAUUGGCCAACUCAGGAACUAUCACAAGAGUAGAUAAAGAUGAAGAGAACAUGUUUAAAUAUAUGUUUCUUGCUUUUGGUGCUUCAUUGGAUGGCUGGAAACACCAAAAUGACAAUGCAUGGAUAUGGUUCUUUACAAGACUAAAAGAAGCAAUAGGAGAUCGAGGAGACUUGUGCAUAGUAUCUGACAGGCACAAAAGCAUCAAAAAUGCAAUUGAACAAGUGUAUCCUGGGGUAUAUCAUGGAGUUUGUCUUUAUCAUUUGAAGCAAAAUCUAAGGACUAAGUUUAGGGGAUUACAUGUGCAUGCCAUAUUCGAAGCUGCUUCAAGAGCCUACUCAGCUCAAGAAUAUUAUUCUGCCAUGGCUGAAUUACAGAAAAUUAGCCCUGAAAUGACCACUUAUCUUUUGCAAGCAAAGCCAGAAAAAUGGGCUCGACCAUUAUUUCCAACGAAAAGGUAUAACAUUCUUACAAAUAACAUUGCCGAAUCUAUAAAUGCAGCAAUUGUGCAUGCGAGAGAAUUGCCUAUAACGUCAUUAAUAGAAGUUGUAGAUGCAAUUGAUGCAAUGAAAUCUUGUGUCGCAUAUGGUGAUCGAGUGUUUGUUGUUGACUUGGAACAAAAUAUGUGCUCAUGUAAUGAAUUUCAACUUGAGGGAAUUCCAUGUGCACAUGCUAUUGCAACAAUUGAAAGCAAGUACUUGGACAAGUACAAAUUUUGCUCAAAUUGGUAUAGAAUUUAUGUUUUGAAAGAGACAUAUGCUAGUUCAAUUAAUCCUGUUCUGGAUAAAGUUGAUUGGAGUGUCCCAGAUGAAAUUAAAGAAGAUAGCAUGAAAGCUCCAAAUUUCAAAGUAAAACGAGGUCGUCGUAAAAAAAUAAGAAGAAGAAUUUAA